CCUCUCUUCUUCAUCGAUAGCCUCUGCUUCUUCACUUUCUUCCAGAUCCAAUCCGAGAAGGUUUCCUCCCCCAUUGGCACAGAUGGCCAGCUCUCCUGCGGUAGUGGCCGUGAAGCCUAUCUCCAACGGCGCCGGACCCCGGAAGACGCGGAUGCACCGCCUCAUUGAGGAGGAUGGCAUUGUGCUGAUGCCGGGGAUCUACGACGCGCUCUCGGCGGCCGUACUCCAGAGCUUGGGCUACAAGGCUGGAUUUGUGUCCGGAUACGCCGUCUCCGCCUCCCGCCUCGGCAUGCCCGACAUCGGCCUCCUCACGCCACCGGAGAUGGCAGAUGCGGCUCGCGCUAUUUGUGCUGCGGCUCCUAAUGUUGCGUUCAUCGUUGAUGCUGAUACUGGAGGUGGCAAUGCUCUUAAUGUCCAAAGGACUGUUAGGGAUAUCAUUGCUACGGGUGCAGCUGGCUUAUUCCUCGAGGAUCAAGUUUGGCCCAAGAAGUGCGGCCAUAUGCAAGGCAAACAGGUAAUACCCGCCGAGGAACAUGCUGCCAAAAUAGCAGCUGCAAGAGAAGCCAUUGGUGACUCUGACUUCUUCCUCAUUGCUCGCACCGAUGCGCGUGCAACCGCAGGCGGUCUAGCUGACGCAAUUGCACGAGCCAACCUCUACAUGGAGGCAGGAGCAGAUGCCUGCUUCGUGGAGGCACCGAGGAGCGACGACGAGAUGAGGGAAGUUUGCAAGAAAACCAACGGCUUCAGAGCCGCCAACAUGCUCGAAGGCGGUUACACACCUUUGCACACCCCUCAGGAGCUCAAAGAAAUGGGCUUCCACCUCAUCGUGCACUCCACCACGGCCGUCUACUCUGCUGCUCGUGCACUGAUCGACGUCCUCAAAGCACUGAAGGACGAGGGGUCGAGCAGAGGCCAUCUCCACAAGCUCACCACCUUCGAGGAGUUCAACGGCUUGAUUGGGCUCAAAACUCUCAAUGAGAUUGGAGCUCGUUUUGAGAAGUUCAGCGUUCCCAAAAACUGAGAAGGCCGCCAGUAGUUACUGGAUCAUCUAUCUAUUCCUAAUGGAAGCUUUUCUAAAGCAUGCAUCAUGCAUGGUAAUGUUAUGUCUCUUCGUUAGGCGGUGAGCUGCUUCUCCUCUGAAGGUGCUCGUUUUGUGUUCUUGUAAUCUUGGGUUAUGGCUGUGUUUGCUUGCAUCUGUCCUACGAUUUUUUAUCUGUUAUCGUUAAGAGUGAAUAAUAAUAUGAGAAAUAUGAGAAUAAUUUUUUAUC